AUGAUCAACAUAUCACGAUUAGCUGGAUAUAAUAAACAGGAUGUUAAAAACAUCUUGUUAUUACUACAUGAGUUUAUCACUACCUAUCGAGAUAAUAAAGUUAAAUUAAAUUAUCAAAGUCGACCAGUUAUAUUAUUCUUUAGUACAUUGAUUGCCACUGCGGGAUUUGGGUUAUAUUUCACUCUUCGAAACAUCAUUACCAAAUAUAAUGAAUAUGCUUUGAAUAAGAAAUUAAGACGUCCUAGCCUUAUUAGACAAUCAUCUAAUAUUUUGAAGAAUGGAGCAAGAGAGAUAUAUAUACCAAAGGGGAAAGAUAAAGUCACAAGAAUAAUUAUUCCUAAACCUAACAAUGAUCAAUAUGCUGCUGAUAAAUAUCUAUAUAAAGAUUUUGUUAGAAACCAACGAAUUUUACAACAACAACAAAAGGGGGCCAUAUUCAAUUCAAGAUUUCUUAAUCAAUUAACAAUAAUUUGGAAGAUUUUGAUCCCUAAAUUUUAUUGUCAAAAUACUUCGUUGUUACUUUCACAAUGUUUCUUUUUGAUUUUUAGAACCUGGUUAUCAUUAUUAGUUGCUAAAUUAGAUGGUCAAAUUGUUAAAAAUUUGAUUGCCGCAAAUGGUAGGAAAUUUUCUCGUGAUUUGAUUUAUUGGUUAUUGAUUGCCUUUCCUGCUUCUUAUACUAAUGCAGCUAUAAAAUAUUUGGAUCUUAGAUUGGCCUUGGGGUUCAGAACCAAUCUUACACGAUACAUUCAUGAUAUGUAUUUGGAUAAAAGCAUGGCCUAUUAUAAAAUUGGGUUAAACAAUUCCGAUAUUUUAAACAUUGAUCAAUAUAUUACUGAUGAUGUUACUAAUUUCUGUCAAUCCUUGUGUUCAUUAUUCUCAUCAAUGGGUAAGCCAUUUAUUGAUUUAAUUUUUUUCAGUGUUUAUUUGAGAGAUAAUUUAGGUACUGGGGCAAUUAUAGGUAUAUUUGCCAAUUAUAUGGUGACGGCAUUAAUGUUGAAACGUGCAACACCAUCAUUUGGUAAAUUGUCAUCCCAAAGGGCUCAUUUGGAAGGUAUUUAUUAUAACCAACAUUUAAAUGUCAUGACCAAUAGUGAAGAAAUUGGAUUCUAUAAGGGGUCAUUAAUUGAGAAGUUUAAAUUGAAUGAAAAUUUCCAAAAAUUGAUUAAACAUAUCAGCAAAGAAAUUAAUAUAUCAUUUGGGUAUGCAGCAUUAGAAGAUUAUGUGUUGAAAUACACUUGGUCUGCUUGGGGGUAUAUUUUUGCUGGAUUGCCAGUGUUUUUAGAUGAAUUAUGGCCUAAAGAAGCAGUAGCAUUGACAGGGGAUGAUGAUGACGACGAUAUUGCUGCUGCCAUAGCCAAAAAGAAAACAUCAAAGCAACAAGAUGACAAAGAUACACCGGUGGAUGCAGCUACUGAAGGUAAGAAUAUGAGACAAUUUAUUACCAACAAGAGAUUAUUGUUGUCAUUAGCAGAUGCCGGAUCAAGAUUAAUGUAUUCUAUUAAAGAUGUUAAUACAUUGACUGGGUACACUGAUAGAGUUUUCAAUUUGUUGACACAAUUGCACCGAGUCCAUGCUCCUAAAUUUGAUUAUGGUGAUAAGAAUGGUUACGGUGAUAUUCAAGGUACAAUUCAAGAUAAUUAUCCUGAUGGAUUAAGAUUUGAAAACAUUCGAGUUAUUAUUCCAACUGCAGAAGGGUCAGAAUAUCCACCAUUAGUUGACAAUUUGAAUUUCCAAUUGAAACAUAAGAGUAUGUUAAUUUUGGGUUCAAAUGGAUGUGGUAAAACUGCCAUUGCCCGUAUUAUUGCUGGAUUGUGGCCAUUAUAUAGUGGAUUAUUAUCAAAACCUAAUGAUGAUGAUAUCUUUUAUUUGCCACAAAAGGCAUAUUUCACAACUGGGAAUUUACGAGACCAAAUAAUUUAUCCUCAUACAUACACUGAAAUGUUAGAAAUGGGAUAUAAUGAUGAUUAUUUGUAUCAUAUUUUACGUGAAGUUAAAUUGGAAUAUUUAUUGAAAAGAGAAAAAAGCCUUAAUACAGUUAAAACUUGGUCACUGGUUUUAAGUGGUGGUGAAAGACAAAGAUUAAGUAUUGCUAGAGCUUUAUUUAAACAUCCAAAAUUGAUUGUAUUAGAUGAUUGUACUAAUGCUGUCAGUACUGAUGUUGAAGAAUACCUUUAUGAAUUGUUGAUCAAGAAGAAACUUACAUUUAUUUCAUUAUCAAAUAGACCAUCUUUGGAAAAAUACCAUGACCAUGUUUUAGAGAUAGAAGAAGGAAAUUGGCAAUUGAAAACUGUCUCAUGA